AUGUCCGCCCAAAUACCAAACACUCUCACUGGAGGAUGUCUAUGCAAGGAGAUCCAAUACACCAUUGAUGUACCAAAGGACAUCUCCUGGCCUCCAGAUUGCCGCAAAGCAACCGGCUCUAUCAUCGCCCACUUGAUCACCUUCGAUCCGUCCGCUGUGAAAUGGAACGGAACGCCCACGGAGUUCGAGUCCAGCGCCCAAGGACGCCGUGGAUUCUGUUCUAAGUGUGGUACAAGUCUGUACUUCAGAGACAUUGGGCUACCAGCCGAGGUCGAGAUAUGCACUGGCUCACUCGACGAGGAGAUACUGGAGAAUCCCCAGUUGGCAAACGACCUUUGCGAUCCUAGCUGCGGGCGUUUCUGGUGCAAGAGAGAGAUCAAAAGUACCAUAUACGAGAAUUCAGCUGGUAAACGCUGGCUGGAGGGAAGCAAGUCACGGCCCAUGUAUGAUGGAGAGUAG